AUGGCCAUGCGACUCCUCUCAUUCAACAAGGACCGUAUAUACGUUGCGCUCUACUUCAACAAGGGUGAAAAUGCAUACCACUGGGCACUUUUAGUAUCACCGAAAACCGAAUCCUCCCCGUCCAAGGCCACGACUCGAUAUCACACCGCCAACAAACUCCUCCUCCGAGGCGGAGCUCUCAGAUCCACCUGGGAGUACGAGAAGAAUGCCGUCGAGAGUGCGCCUGCCGGUUCAGAGGACGCGAAGCCUUUUGUCAGGAUACUCAUCGGCAAGCUCCGCGGGACCAAAGCCCAGUUCGAGGCGUCGGUUGAGAAGGUGCAGAUUUUGCAGGAUAACCCUGAGUGGACGUGUCGGAACUGGGUCAAAGACGCCCUGGCACAGCUCCAAAAAGAUGGCGUCAUAGAUAGCUCCGCCAAGGACUGGGACAAGAUCGAAAAGGAAAGCAUCUCAUACGCCGAUAGGAAGAAGGAUGAGGGACGACUCGGCUCGUGGACGGGGACAGCGCCGACAUAUGAUCUUGUAUUAGGUCGCGAGAUUGUAAAGUAG